AUGCGCAGGACCUCUGUUUACGUAUUUAUCUACCCCUCUACUGGAAGAGGCUGGGAUAUAUGGUCAUCUAUAUGCACGAUGCUCAUACGUGUCCGUAUUAUCCUUCUUUUUUCUUUUUUUCUUUCGUUUUUCUCUUUUUCUUCCGUUUUUUGUCUUUCUUUUUUCUCUUAUUCAAUUGUCUUUCUCUUUCUUUCAUUUUAUUCUUUUGUUUUUCUCUUUCAUUGUUUUUCGCUUUUUCUUUCGUUUCUUAUCUUUCUUUUUUCUCUUUUUCCUUCGUAUUUCUCUUUAUUUAUUUGUUCUUCCUUUUUACGAAAGAAGAAUUUUCAUUUCCCUUCAUUUUGUUUCCUUCUGUCACUCUCUUUCCUUCAUUGUUUUCUUUAUUUUUUCCAAAAAUUUAAGGCAAUGGUUUUAUUUAAUUUCCUAUUUUUUGUUAGUCUGUUUCAUUCAUUGUCUUUCUUCCUUUCUUUCUUUUCUUCGUUCAUUCUUUCCUUAAAGUUUUUAUUUGCAGGUUUUUUGUUCGAAUUCAUCUAUUUUAUAAUAUCUGUCUGUCUGUCUAUCUAUCUAUCUAUCUAUUCUAUUCUAUUCUAUUUAUCUUCAUUACGGUCAUAUCUAUCUAUCUAUCUAUCUAUCUAUCUAUCUAUCUAUCUUAUAGAUGAUAGUUUUAGCCUCACUGAUGAGAUAAAUCUUCUUUUCUUCAUUUUUUUAUCUUUUUCUUAUCUUCUUCCUUUUCUAAUACUUCUAUCAUUUCUUCUUCUGUUUCUUUUUCUUUUCUUUUCUUCUAUUUCCUCUUCUAUUAAUUCUUCUAUUUCUUCUGUUAUUCCUUUUAUUCUUCUUCUAUUACAUGUUUUUUUAUUUCUUUUUCUACUUCUUCUUCGUCUAUUACUUGUUCUUCUAUUAAUCCUUCUUCUUCUUCUUCUUCUUCUUCUUGUAUUUCUUCUAUUAAUUCUACUAUUGCGUCUUUUCUAA